AUGUUCAUCCUUCUCGCACUCGUCGUGAUCGCCUUCCAAUUUGUCACCAUCUCGGAGGCUCGUAACGCUCCACCAAUGACUCGUAUCCAGGAGGUCUUCCGCAGUCUCAUGGCUCCAGAGGAGAUCCGUGGAAAGAAGUACUAUCAGCAAUACAUUCCAAACGCCGGAGACUACUACAACGGAUGGUAG